CUGCACCAUGGAGAAGCCGUGGAAAUGUGGGGACUGUGGGAAGGGAUUCAAUUAUCCAUCUACCCUCGAAAUUCAUCGACGCAGUCACACUGGGGAGAGGCCGUUCACCUGUUUCAUGUGUGAAAAGGGAUUCACUAAUUCAUCUGAUCUUCUCAUGCACCAGCGGGUUCACACUGGGGAGAGGCCAUUCACCUGUUCCUUGUGUGGGAAGGGAUUCACUCGGUCACCCCACCUGCUGACACACCAGCGGGUUCACACUGGGGAGAGGCCGUUCACCUGCUCCAUGUGUGGGAAGGGAUUUACUCAGUCAUCUGACCUGCUGACACACCAGCGGGUUCACACUGGGGAGAGGCCAUUCACCUGCGCCGAGUGUGGGAAGGGAUUCGCUCAGUCUUCCCGCCUCACUGAACAUCAACUUGUUCACACCGAAAAGAGACCUUUUGAAUGUUCUGUAUGUGCGAAGAUGUUUAAAAGCAGACGUGAAGUGCUGAAACACCAGCUCGUUCACACGGGGGAGAGGCCGUUCACCUGCUCGGUGUGUGGGAAAGGAUUCACCCGUUCAUGUAACCUCUUGCGACACCAGCGAGUUCACACUGGGGAAAAGUUGUUCACCUGCUGUGAGUGUGGGAAAGGAUUCACUCAGUCAUCCAACCUGGUGAGACACCAGCGAGUUCACUCUGUCGUACCGGUGCCAAUGAUUGAGUUCUGGGUGAAUCCCAAGGAAUCCCCUCUGGAGCAGCUUUCCUGCAGCACGGCGCUUCAGUGGAGCAGCGUGCACAGUGUGGGCAAGGUCAAGGAGGCCGAGCGAAGUCAACCUCAGUAUCACCGGAUUUUGAACAUGGAAGCAAAGAGCACCGUCCGCAAUGGGGAGAAACCGUACGUGUGUUCCGUGUGCGGUCAAGGCUACAGCCGAUCAUCUGGCCUGUUGAAACACAAGCACAGUCACACGGGGGAGAAACCGUAUAAAUGUGGAGACUGUGGGAAGGGAUUCAGUUACCCCUCUGAACUGGAAACCCAUCGGCGCAACCACACCGGGGAGAGGCAGUUCACCUGCUCCGUGUGUGGGAAGGGAUUCACUCAGUCAUCCACCCUCGUGACGCAUCGGCGAAUUCACACCGGGGAGAGGCCGUUCGGCUGCUCCGAAUGCGGGAAGCGAUUCACUCAUUCAUACAACCUGCAGAACCACCAGAGGAUUCACACUGGGGAGAGGCCGUUCCUCUGCUCUGUCUGUGGGAUGGGAUUCACGCAUUCAUCCAACCUGCUGUCGCACCAGCGAGUUCACACCGGGGAGAAGCCAUUCACCUGCUCUGACUGUGGGAAAGGAUUCACUCGUUUAUCCAACCUGCGGAAACACCAGAGCAGUCACACUGACAAGAAACCUUUUUGAAUGCUCAACUGCGUGAAAUGCUGUUGAAGUGUGAGGGGAACUGAUGUCCCAUUAACAUGCUCACACUGACGAGAGACUGUUAAGCUGCUCUCACUGCGGGACUGGGUUCAGGCGAUCAUCUCAACUCAUUGUACACUUUCGUGCUGACAUGGGAAGAGGCUGUUCACCUGCUCCAUAUAUGGGGAGGGAUUUAUUCAUUUGUCCAGCCUGUUGACACACCAACGAGUUCACAAGUAACUACUGUGAUUAGAUUCUGCUGUUAGUAACACACAGGACUGAAAUGUGUUCUUUGGGUUUGUUUCUGCUGAUGUUAAUAAACUCCAGCUCAACUAGAGGGGUUCAUAUUUUGGAUAAAGGACAAAUAAAUCA